AAUACUUGUGUUGCCUAUCUAAAGACAACGCUGAUGAACUUAGUACCUGUAUUAUCAACGUAAUCUGGAUCAGCCUAAGACAAACACUGAAGGUUUAACUCUACUCAAUGUUUGUCCCAGGUUACACAAAUCCAUCUCAGGUCAGGCAAUCUGACGGAAAAGGGUGAGAACCUAGGACAGAGACUAUUUACCUGGGCAGGUGAAAAUAGGUUCUGGAAAUCCAUCGAUUGAAUGGUCUAACUUUUAGUUGAAAAAGUCAAUCGAACGCACUGCAGCCAUGAGUACACGUGACAUAAGUGUUGGGACCGACUUCGAUUUUGACACAGGCCAUUACGAACAAUCGUAUACUCCAUCAAAGAAGAAGAAAUCGGAUUACCCCUAUAUUCCUAAGGGCACCCCACUUCAGCUUCCACCUUGUCGAGUCUGUGGGGCGAAGGCGUCGGGGAUUCAUUACGGGGUAAACAGCUGUGAGGCUUGCAAGGGUUUCUUCAGACGGUACCUUCUUCGCAAAGAGCCCUAUAAGUGCAGCCAUGGCGGACAUUGUGAAAUAACGGAUCGUCACCGGGGCAACUGUUCAGCCUGUAGGAUGAAAAAGUGCUUGGAUCUAGGAAUGUCGAAAGAAGGUAUUCGACAAGGUAGAUACACCCUCACAGAAAGAACUAAAGCCAUCAUGGAAGUUAAACGUCUACAGAACCCAGAAUUGCAGUUUGACCAAAGAGCCUUCGACAUUGUUAGUGCAGCUGUAUCUCAGAAAAACGCAGAAAGAAACCAGAGAUUUGCAAUCGAAGAAUCCCAGUCUUCCUGUAUGCAAGUUCCAAUUUCCCCUGACUGCAAUAGACAGCAGGCACUGUCCGACAUCUCUGAUGACCGAUCUCUUGCAGACCGACUCUUAGAUUUCUCUAACUUUUCCGCUCACAAUGUGUCGGAUGAAUUAACAGAUCUUCUGAAUCCAGACUGUUUCUUUAGUGAGGAGAUGGAAAUACCAAACACUGAAAACAUACUUCUGUUAGACUCUGAUCUUUGUCCUAUUGCAACAACAGAAGUAGAAAUUUUUCACCCACAUUUAUAUGACGAUGUUAUCGAUAAUUUAGCGGGAGCAUUAAAUGACAUGCUGCCUCACUCUAGUCAGUUUACAGAUGAAGAAAUUUACACCAUCCUGAAAGACGGAUAUGACAAGUAUCAAAUGAAAGCCCAAGUGUUUGGUCCUUUAAACGCUUUAUCUCCCGAAGAGUACAAUGCAGUAUAUGAAAAGACACAACUUGACGUGGAUGGAAGAAAGCAACAUUUACAACUCAACAAAGGAACAUUAGAAAAAAUGAUCAAGAAAUAUGUUAACUUUUCUCAUGCCAUUCCAUCGUUUUCUGAUCUUCCAGCACAAGACCAGGCUACAUUGCUGAAAGCUUCUAGGUUCGAGUUUUUCAUGCUCCUGGAAUAUCGGUCCCUGAACCCUGACCUUGAGAUGAUACAGACGUACGCCGGGGAAGUUUUCCAUCUUAAUGAAGCGUGUAUAUACGUACCAAGAGAAAUGAUGAAAUCAUGGCUUGAAUUUACGCGGACUAUCAAGAAACUAGAACUGACUAACAAAGAACUAGCCGUUACGCUUGCUGUGGCCUUGACUUUUAGAGAUCGGUGUUCAUUAUUAAGCGCUGAUCGUGUGGAGGAAAUUCAGAAUGAAAUGGUCGCCAUAUUGCUUUGUUUAUUAGAGCAUCGUCACAAACAUGAUUCUGUACGGCGACUUAGUAAAAUUAUGGAUAUGUUCGUCAAAUUUCGAGAGUUGACUGAGGGUUACAUGAAAUGUUACCAAUCUAUGUGCAGUGACGAUUUCCACAAGGAAAACGUACCAGAAAUGUUUAAGUUCCUCUUUGACGGCUGGUGAAACCAUGUCUAGAUAUCGGGCAUUUCUUAUUACAAAUUAUGUUUUGUAUACGUGGACCAGUUUUAAAACAGAAUUUUAUGUUUGUUUUCUUGUAUUUUAACAUUUAAUAAAUUGUAAAACAUGUAAUGCAUGUACUAUGUAUAUAAUUAUGAGACAUAAACCGAAUAAAGUUUA